UAAACCUCUGAAGCUCGUGAGAACUAAAAGCUUGAAUCAAACGCUUUUGAAAUCAUGGGUAUCUCUCGUGAUUCAAUUCACAAGAGACGUGCCACUGGUGGUAAGCAGAAGAUGUGGAGAAAGAAGAGAAAGUAUGAGCUUGGAAGACAACCAGCUAACACUAAGCUAUCAAGUAACAAGACAGUGAGGAGGAUCCGUGUGCGGGGUGGGAAUGUAAAGUGGAGAGCUUUGAGGCUCGAUACAGGAAACUUCUCGUGGGGAAGCGAAGCUGUGUCUCGCAAGACUAGGAUCUUGGAUGUGGCUUACAAUGCAUCAAACAAUGAGCUUGUUCGUACACAAACUCUUGUGAAGAGUGCUAUUGUUCUAGUUGAUGCUGCUCCGUUUAAACAAGGGUAUCUCCAACACUAUGGAGUUGAUAUUGGUCGCAAGAAGAAAGCUGCUGCAGCCAAGAAAGAAGGAGAGGAAGGAGAUGCAGUAACCACUGAGGAAGUGAAGAAGAGCAAUCAUGUUCAAAGGAAGCUGGAGAUGCGACAAGAAGGCCGAGCACUUGACUCUCACCUUGAAGAGCAGUUUAGCAGUGGAAGGUUGCUUGCAUGUAUCGCAUCAAGACCCGGACAAUGUGGCCGUGCUGAUGGGUACAUAUUGGAAGGAAAAGAGCUCGAAUUCUACAUGAAGAAACUUCAAAAGAAGAAGGGCAAGAAUGCUGGUGCUGCAUAAGAAACAAACAAAUUUUUCAUUCUAGU